CUGAACUCUUUGUGAAAAUGUUAUUAGAUUUAUUAAAUGGUUUACAUUUUAUUCUAACAGAAAUUAUAUUAUUGUUACUUACGUCUUAUGAUGAACAAAAACCACCAUUCAUUCGUUCACCUCUUCAUCACGUUAAUAUAAAUGGAAUUCUUUAUGAACCAAAGGUAUUUAGUUAUGGUACAUCGGCUGAUGAAGACGUCUACAGAAUAGGAAAUACUACCAAAGAUCAGCAAACAGAGAUGAUUAUGGAAAUUCUAUCGUCAAGACCAAAUGCAGAACGACAAAAUAUUGUGCAUCGGUACAACAGGAUUUUUAAAAAAUCUCUACUGAACAAAAGAGAAAACUUUAAAUCAGGAUUAAUGAAACAGUUAUUUGAAGAUCUACUAACAGACACAUCUAUAUUAUUAGCUGAUGAGCUGUACACUGCAAUAAGUACUUCCAAUUUACAAAAAACGACAAGUAUACUGAUUGAUUUCUGGGGUGAUGAAUUUGAUCAAGUGGAAACUGCUUAUAAAAUAUAUUCUACAGAAUCAAUCUGGAAGUCGGUAGAGAAACAAUUUGGAAAAUCUGUAAAAUCUAUUUUACAUUGCAUAGAUGAAACAAGAAAACAUGAAACUAAACAAGAAUAUCCAAUAAAAGGUCGAGGUGGUAAACCGAUAGUUAACAACACAGUAGUGGUUGAGGUAUUUUAUGACUUGAUGAACGUGUUGGAUUCGAACAACGAUGUGGGACAGCAACUUGGUGAACGUCUAUGUAAACUUGAUUCAUUUCAAUUUCAAAAACUAAACAUGAUUUAUAGAAAAAAACCCGUUAGACAACUUGGUGAAGUUCUUGAAAGAAGGACGUCAGGUCAACUCCACGAUAUUUUAUUAGCAACUUAUGGAAGAAUAAAGCUUGCAGAACUGUUGUAUAUGUGCCAACAAGAGACUGAUCAAUAGCAGUCAUAAACAAAAAUAGGAAAAUACAAGCAAACAACACCAAAUGAAUUUAAACUUCACCCCAUUGCACAAGCAGGUAGCUAACAGGAUUCAGUAGCUAAGUGGACAACGCGGAAACGAUUGAAGCGAACAGUACUUGAUUCGAUUCCCAGAGCGAAUCUAAACUCGGAUGCAGAUACAUCCAGUGAAUGAGUCCCAAAUAGGACGAAACGCGCAUCAUGGAUUCCACUGAUAACCACCAUCCAUUUUUGCUUAAAAAAUCAUUUGCUUACGUAUGUAAUAACUCUAAGAAUGAUAUUUCAUUUUUCUCAACUUUCACUGUUUCUCAGUCAGAUAUGUGUCAUUCAAAUUAAUUUUGAAUGAUUUUUUCUGGUUAGCGUUUUUUUAGCGGGUUGGUUUUCUACGGGAUGGGAACGCUAACCCCAUGCCCAACCCUCCUCCUUUAUCCGGGCUUGGGACCGUCAGUAGCCCCCGGAGGGACUCCAGGCGGAGUUCAUUCAAAUUAAAGACUGUGUUUUAUAAGCUGAUAAUCAGAUUAGAUUACGUUUUGUACCUGAUAUUGGUUAUUUUUUUGAAAAUUGUUAUAAACUACCGAUUAUCUACUUUUCUAAAGAGCAAGAACAAAGAUUAGUGCAGAAUAGCAUAAAUUCAUUUUAUUUCAUUAGGUUAUCAUAAGUUGCUUAAAACCUAAAAAUACUUGAAAAUCAACGUUAUUACAGAUAUUGACAUAAUGUGAUGUGAGCUACUUGUAUCCAGAUAAGUAGUAUAUAACGAUGGUCAGUCGUAGAAUGUAUUUCAGUAGAAGAUCGAGAAGGAAAGAACGGAAACUGAAAACAUUUGGUAUGAAAAUGCAUGAACAAAGCAAUCUAAGGUGAUGGACUGAUAUUUACAAAGUAGUAGUUAAGAUUUAGACAAUUGAUUGAUAUUUUGCAAAUUAACUAUUUACUGUAUGGUUCUCAGAUUUAGUGACAUACUCUGUAAUUUUGUGUCCAGAUAUAUUUGAUUCUUCCCACUCGUGUUUUUGUUUACUACAAUUCUUGUACAUUAGGGGGUGAUUAAGAAUGAAUAUAGGUAUCAUGAUGUAGCGAAGAUCCCGAUAGAGUUAAUGAGGGAAAGUUCCAGAACAUUGAAAUAGUGAUUAAACUUAUGAAGUUAACAACCAUUAGUUGAUUAUGUAACGAAGGUACUAAAAGUAGAAUAAUGGUAAUAAAGAAAGAUAUGAAUUGAAGAAAAAUGAUAAUGAUGUAAUCUAAACUUCAGAACGAGUUGAAAUAAUGAAUGAUGUAAUAAAUAAAAAGGAAGUUUAAUGUUACCAGAGCAAAGAAAGAUCCAUUACUGUCUCUUCUUGGUUACAUCGAUCUGGUUUUAGACGUUCGAUUGCGAUCGCUUCGUUCUCUCUCUCUUAUUAAAAUAAUAAAGGGAACUGUUAUGAAUUUAUGUCCGGCUUUUUAUCACGUGAUUUAUCCAACAAUCAAAAUACGACUUAUACAAUCUUCGCACUGUGCCAAACCAAUGACGUUCGACCGCUAUUAGCAGUCUAGCGUCCUUAUUGGUCCUAUGUCCGUCUGGCCCGUCCACUUGAGUUUAGAACACAGUACCAGCUCCCAAUAUUCGAAUCGAAUCAUUUAUUUCAGACAUACUGGGUUUAUAUAUCAACCAAACAGAUAGCAACGCACCAUAAAAUAGGAAAUAACAUUUGUACACAAUAAAGCCAAAAAGUGACUGUGAACGUGGGAGACAGUAGUCAAUAAACUGAACAUAACUUAAGAACCAUAAAUCGUACAAUACUAAAAUAUAGGUCAAAAUAAAGCUUAUAAUAAGAGGAAUAUAAAUAUACAUAAUCUAAUUAUUAUGUCUCAGAAGUUACUAGUGAUUUAAUCUGCGCUCGGAUAUAACAUAAACUAUGUGUAUGAAAUAUCUACAUUUUGUCCUGUAUUUUUUGUUCUAAUUACAUUUUCAUCACAAGUAAUAAGUUUUAUUUGUAACUCUUACUUUAUCAUAUUACAGAUCGAUUUACAUACAAUAGAUAAGUUAUAUAAAGUAAUCUAUGGAAUAGAUCUGUCAGAAGAUGUCAAACAAAAGUAUCAUGGUGAAUAUGGUAAUACCUUGUUAAAACUUUUGAAAAAAAGAGAAAUCCCAGAUAUAUUUCAACAUUCAAUAUCAAUAUUACCACCAUUAGUUCCUUUGAUUAAAGUCUAAAAUGAUGUUCAUCCGCUUUAUGGAUUUUGUUUCAUUCACUUGUAUGAUAAUGAGUGGAUAUGAUCUUGGAAUUUUUUUU